UAGCAUUCAUUUGCAGUUUAGUUGUAUCACGAAUCGGAAUUAAAUUAAAUAAACGAAUAAGUCAUUAAAAUGAAUAUUUCUACUUAUACGUGCAUAUUGUCAAUAUUGUUAGUUGUUAAGCAAGUGAAUAGCUCGGUAAAUAUCUUCAUGAAAUUAUAGACUACAUACGAAUACUAAGUUCAAACUCAAUUCAGUGCUCCGUUUACUCAAAAGAAUUGGAUGAUCAAUGCAGUACCUAUUGCUAUCAAGUUGUGAAGCCACUUCUACAAUACGUAAACCCGGUACAAUCAAUGACACAAGAAUUAAACGAGUUACAGUAUACAAUUAAAUCACAAGCAGAUGAAAUAAAGAACUUAAAUGAGUUGAUUAAGUCUAGGGACAUGCAACUAGCACAGCAAAUCAAGUUGAGUGAAUCGUGUGAAAGUCAAAAUCAAUAUCAAAAGAAACUUAUUGAUCAAUGUGAGAUUCAAUUACCUACAAAAGGCAAAGAGAUUAAUAAUGUGCUAUCAGAAGUUGUAAAAAUAAAAGAAUCUAAAGAAACAUCUAGCUGUCUCGGCAAGUUGACGGAUGUUCAUGAGAUUAGACUUCCUACAGGGCAAAUAAUAAUAGUUCCGUGUGAAUCAAACUUGCUUGAAGCUGGAGCUGGUUGGACUGUUAUACAGAGGCGUAAGAAUGAUGGUUUAGAUUUUAAUCGAACGUGGUCAGAGUAUAAGUAUGGCUUUGGGAAUCUUCGUGGAGAGUUCUUUCUUGGGCUUGAGAAAAUUCAUUUGCUAACACAAUCGCAACCACAUGAAUUGUAUAUAUUUAUUGAAAGAUUUUCUAAUGAGACCAUCUAUGCCCGAUAUAGUAAGUUUGUCAUUGGUGACGAAAAAAAAUUCUACAAUUUAAAAGAACUCGGAAACUACUCGGGCACUGCUAAAGCUGAAAUAGAAAAUCACUUACAUCAGAAGAUAUCAGCAGCAGAUGUGGAUUUAUCGGAGAAUUGCCCUUACUUGAUGUUAUUCUCUCCCUUAAAAAAAUGCUAUUGGUGGUAAUAAUUUAAGAUUAUUGGCAAUAUGGAAAUGUUCUUAACAUUGUAUUACAUUUCAGGAAUAUUAACAUGCGUUUUUUACCAUUUGAUAAUUUGGUGACCAUGUCAACUCGAAUUAAAUUUGCAGAAAUGAUGAUUAGGCCACUUCAGUAAAAGCUAAUCAUUCUUUUAAAAGGAUAUGUUUCAGAGCCUAAAUACAACUUACGUAUGUUGUAUUUCAAUCAACAGUAGAAAUAAUCACUAAAAUGUAAUACGUAUAUCUACUUUGUAUAGUCUCUGAGAUCCAGGUGUACAUACAGACGGACGGACAGACGGACAGACGGAUAUGGCUAGAUCGGUUAGGCUGUUGACGCUGAUCAAGAAUAUAUAUACUUUAUGGGGUCGGAGAUGCCUCCUUCUACCUGUUGAAUACAUUUCCUGUCGGCACAAAGUUAUAAUACCCUUCUACCCUAUGGGUAGCGGGUAUAAAAAUAUUAGUAAAUUCUACAAUAAAAUCGCUAUUUAUGGUUUCAAGUUAUUUGUCUUAUCUCACUCAGUGUUGCAGAUUUAAAAUAAAACAAGAGGUUAUCAAAAGUUUAAGCAGCAAUAAAUUCAAUGACAGAUAGUCUAGUCUACAACUGCAAUUUUUUUUAUUCUGCGUUUCAAAAUAAAUAGCAUUCACUUGUUGUUUAGUUGUGACACGAAUCGGAAUAAAAAAUUACAAUGAAUCUUUCUACUUAUACAUGCAUAUUAACAAUAUUUUUAGUUGUUAAACAAGUGAAAAGCUCGUGCUCCGUUUACUCAAAAGAAUUGGAUGAUCAAUGCAGUACCUAUUGCUAUCAAGUUGUAAAGCCACUUCUACAAUACGUAAACCCGGUACAAUCAAUGACACAAGAAUUAAACGAGCUGCAGCAUACAAUUAAAUCGCAAGCAGCUGAAAUAAAGAACUUAAAUGAGUUGAUUAAGUCUAGGGACAUGCAACUAGCACAGCAAAUCAAGUUGAGUGAAUCGUGUGAAAGUCAAAAUCAAUAUCAAAAGAAACUUAUUGAUCAAUGUGAGAUUCAAUUACCUACAAAAGGCAAAGAGAUUAAUAAUGUGCUAUCAGAAGUUGUAAAAAUAAAAGAAUCUAAAGAAACAUCUAGCUGUCUCGGCAAGUUGACGGAUGUUCAUGAGAUUAGACUUCCUACAGGGCAAACAAUGACAGUUCUGUGUGAAUCAAACUUGCUUGAAGCUGGAGCUGGUUGGACUGUUAUACAGAGGCGUAAGCAUGAUGGUUUCAAUUUUAAUAGAACGUGGUCAGAGUAUAAGGAUGGCUUUGGAAAUCUUCGUGGAGAGUUCUUUCUUGGUCUUGAGAAGAUUCAUUUGCUAACACAAUCGCAACCACAUGAAUUGUAUAUAUAUAUUGAACGAUUUUUGAAUAAGACCAUCUAUGCCCGAUAUAGUAAGUUUGUCAUUGGUGACGAAAAAGAAUUCUACAAUUUGAAAGAACUCGGUAACUACUCGGGCAAUGCUUUCGACAAAAUGGAAGGUAACUGGCAUGAAAAGAUAUCAGCAGCAGAUGUGCAGGCUUUUACAUCGAAGAAUUGCGAUUCUUUGACAUUUCCCGAUUUUAUUCAAAUCUGCUAUUGGUGGAAUUUUACGUUACGUUUUGCACCACAGAUGACGCCGAUUAAAUUUGCAAAAAUGAUGAUAAGGCCACUUCAGUAAAAGCUAAUCAUUCUUUUAAAAAAAUAUGUUUCAGAACCUAAAUACAACUCACGAAUACUGUAUUUCAACAAAUAGUAGAAACAAUCAAUAAAAUGUAAUCAAAAAUAAUACAAAUAAAAAAAAAAAAUAAUGAAAGAGGAAAUAGGAAACAG